CUACGAUGGUGAUUAUUACUAUAAAGGCCACCAAACGCAGUAUGGACCUGAUGAAAUGAAACGUAUUAUUCAGUCAGGUGGUAAAAUUCCAGAUUUCGAACAAGACAUAUCAGAUGAAGCUGCAGACAUUUUAAAUUUAGAGGACAAUGAACCACAGCUCAAUUCAGGAUCGGAAGAAUCUUUAAAAGAACCUGAAUACGACGACGACUAUCAGAUAGAAGAUAAUAGAUUAGAAGUUAAAGACCCGUCAAAUGAGGAACCAAACCUGAAUAUAGAUAACAAACUCUUGGAAGAUUUACUUAAAACCAAUGAAAAUGUCGACGAAGCACAACAGGAUUACGAUGUUUUUCAACAAAUACUUGGAGACAAUGAUAAUGAUAUUGAAGAAAAGUUACUAUAUGUUGAUGAGUCAUCAACAGAAAACAAAAACGAUGAUAAUGAUAACUUGGCACAAUCUGAUUUAUUAGAUGAACAUAAUGAUCAACAAGAUAAUUCUAAUGAACGUAACAGUAAUUCUGAGGAAAUCUCCAUUGCUGAAAAUGAAAACAAUGAUGAAAUUUCAAACGUGGCUGAUGAGAAUCCUACAAAUAAUUUCAGUAACGAAAAUAAUUCACAGAAUUUUAAUUCUCUGUCAAGUAUAGACGAAGUCGUAGAUAAUAGCCUGGAAAUGUUACAAAAAUUUGAUAACCAGAGUGAUAGUAGUAAAACAGGUAGUAAUAAAAUCUUAAACAAAAAAGGCAUUAAUAAACCAGAUGAUCCUUCAAUAUCAGAAGAUGAUAGCAAUGGUCAAACUCUAGUAGAUUCUAUUGAGAAUAAUAACAAUGAAUUUCAUGACAUAAACAUUUCAUCAUUUGUAGAUUCUCAAUCCAACUUAAAUGAUAUUAUAGACGAAACUCGUCGAAAAUUAUUGAAGGAAUCUGGUGAACAGUUUGAAAAUCAAGAUAUAAAUGACGAUAGAAAUAUUAAAGAACAACUCAAAAAUAAAUCUGAAAACGUCUUAAUACCUGAAGAAAAUAAGUCAAGUAGUUUUGAAGAAAAUCUUUUCCAAAUUAUUAAUUCUCAAGUAAAUGUAGAUGACGUAGUAAAUGAAAAUAAAAUAUUAGAAAAAUCUGAUAAACGUGAAAAUAAUGAAUUAAUCAAUGAAAAAGAUGCUCUAGAACAACUUAAAAGUAAUUCUGAAGUAACUUCAAUUCCUGAAGAAAAAAAUAAUGCAGUAAUUUCAAAACUAUCUGAUGAAGAUUAUUUAAAUGGUUUAACCGAGGAAAAACUGUUAGAAAUUGUUAAUUCUCAACUAAAUGUAGCCGAAAUUGUAAACGAAACUCAUAAAAUAUUGGAGGAUUCUGAUAACCGGUAUGAAAAUCAUGAACCCAUUAGUGAUAGUGAAAAAUUAGAACAGUCUAAUAAUGAAGAAAUUUCAAAAUUGGUCGAUGAGAACGUGAAUGCGGAAAGUAUCAAUGGGAUUCCUGAAAGUAUGAAGCAAUCUGGUAUGAAAGAUAUCAUAAAUGAAACAAAUAAACCUUCGGUAGACACUGGAGAUAAUAUAAAUAAUAUUGAUAGUCAGGAACGACAUAUUCAAGAAAUAGACGAUAAUUUUAAUUUUAAAGACGGCGACGCAUUGAAUGUGAAUCCUAAACAGGCAUAUUCUGAAGAAGACAAAUUUGAUGAGGAGUAUAUUUCUGAUUAUUGGAACAAAAUUGGUUAUAAAGAAAAUAUUCUACAAGAUUUUGAGACCAUACUAUCUAGCAACGAAAAUGUUUUGGAUUAUGAAGAAAAAUAUGGCAAGCCAUUCGGAGAGGGGAAAGUUUUAUCUCAAAGAGAUUAUUAUUAUGACUAUAUUAAUGAAGACAAAGCCGAUGAUCCAAAGGAUUUCGACAAUGAUAAGGCAAUUGAAGAAAUACUUAAUAGGGAUGUCAUUGAUGAUUUAACAAAUGUGUUAGAUGAACCAGAAUUAAAAAUGGCAUAUGUUAAUGAUGCAUUGCCUGCAGUAGACAAGGCAGACGUGGAAGAAUCGAAAUCAACCGAAAAAGAAAUUCAAAUAGAAGACAAAGAGCCCACGAAAACUAUGAACGUAGAAAAACUAUCAAGCUCUGAACUCGAUGAACUAACGAAUCAAUUCAAAAUACUACACAGUGAAGAUUUUAACAUGAAAUCUGAUAGGAUUGAAAAUGGAGCACCUAUUCAUAUAAAACUGAGUUUGGAUGAGCCUACAGAAGUCACUUCACCAAAUUACCCUGAGCCUUACCCAACAAACAAUGUCGUAGAAUGGUUAUUCGAUGGAGAAGGUGUUGGCAUUGAAUUGAAUAUUACUGAUUUCAAUUUGACCAGCGUGUUAGGACAUUACAUGAUCGUGAAGCCAGGUAGUAGCGAUGGUACUGGAGAUGAUGGUUUAAUAUUUGCUUAUCAUCUAAAUAAAGAGCGACGGUACCGGUUUAUGGAUGUGGACAAACUGUAUAUCAAGUUCGAAUCCUUAUUUGGGAAUAACACCCGGCGAGGCUUCCGGUUAAGCUUGAAAAUGAUAGCUCCUCCUGAAGAGGAUCCAGAUGAACUGCCGAACCCCGAGCCGCUGCUGCCCACACCUAAUUCCACAAUGUCAUUAUACCUGGCCGGUCGGAACCUCACUGGUUUUGAAUAUAUCAGGGAAGAAUUCAGAUUACUUCUAGCUGAUAUGGCGACCCAUUAUAUAGUCGACAACGAUAUUGAUCGAGGUCUCAACUCAACAACAUUCGUCACCCAAAUCACCCAUUCCUACAUCUGUAACAUACAAUGGCCGGGGUACGAAAAUUGCGUACAGGUGGAGUACGCAGUGCCUUUGGUGUACGAAGACGAAAGAGAACACAGGUUGAACGCUACGGAUCUGAGCGAUAUGUGGUUGACAUACUCAACUAAGGAUCCGUUCCACACCAGACUGCAGUCUUUAGGCCUAUCUGAAUUCACAACGCCGAAUGACGGCACCGUGUUGCUGAUGUGGCUGGUCUUCAGCGGAACUAUUCUCAUCACCGUUAUGAUGCUGGCAUUCGCGCUUUGGAAGUUCAGCUGCUUCGAUAGCUAUACCAGAAUGCAGACUUUCAGCGAUACUGACAGUCUGCAUAAUGAGAAGCGGAACCUGGACAUGUAUCCUACUCCGCAUCAGACCCUGCCGCCACUGUUCUCCGAAAGCAACUACAAAUGGCACGACAACAACUAUGAGGACACCGCAAGAGUGGACAUGGGAGGCUUCACGAAUGCCAAUUACGUGAGGGAUGACCUCUCCGAGUCUGAUGAGGAAAUCGUUGUGUCACGUGAGACGUUGCAAGAUAAGAACCACAACUCUUCAGCACCUAAAGACAUGACCAACGUGUGAUAACUCGAAGAAGUUACAAUUACAAAAAUAUGAAUAUUCAUAUUAAUUCUAUAAAAGUCAGCCAUUUUAAUUAUGUACCUGUAACACUGAAUCGAAAUAUCAACAAAUUUUUCGGUUCAUUGGUUAUUUUCGACGGGUUAAAUACUUUUUUUUUUAACUGUAAUAAUUGAGAUUCUUGCCUAUUUAUUAAAUAUUAAAAAAAAAAUCGGUUCAUUGACUAUUUUUAGCGGUUUAAAAACUUCUUUCUUCUUUUGAAAAACGGUUUCAAUUGAAUUUCUUGCUUAUUUAUUAAAUAUCAAAAAUUUUUCGGUUAUUUGAUUAUUUUCAACGGUUAAAAACUUUUUUUUUGUAAAAAAGUUUUAAUCGAGUUUCUUGCUUUAUUUAUUUUAAAUCUGACCAUUUAAAGUGCUUAUAAUUAAAUUUAUUU